AUGGUUGUAAGGCAGGAGUGGCAGAAGAAGUUUGAAGCUGCUUUUGGCAAAGACGGCACCAAAGUCAUUGACAUGCAGUUAAAGACAUUUUCUGAGCAUUAUGGUAAGCUGUACAAGGAGAUGGCCGCAAAGCGAAGAGAUCCACCAGGCAACUUGAAGGAAUAUUCAACAUGGUUCAGUGAUUUCCAACAACUCAGCUAUGAUAGAGAGCUAGAAAUACCAGGUCAGUAUGGAGGAAAAUCAAAGCCCCUGCCUGAGUAUCAUGUCAAAAUAGCUGGAUUUGAUGAGCAGGUCAAAGUGUUAUCUUCAAUGCGCAAACCGAAGCGCAUUGUGAUACGUGGCAAUGAUGAACAUGACUACUCGUUCCUUGUCAAAGGCGGGGAGGACCUUAGAUUAGAUCAGAGGGUGGAACAACUCUUCAGAAUUAUGAAUAGUAUCUUAGAACAAGAUUCAACAUGCAGCCAACAAGGCCUGCAAUUGGUCACUUAUGAAGUUAUUCCCAUGACACCAAGGCUUGGUAUGAUUGAAUGGGCUCAAAACACAACAACUUUGAAGGAAUUCCUGCAUUUGGCCAUGACUGAGCAAGAAGGCAACGCUUACAAUUCACGGUAA